UAAAAAAUUAAUUUUUUAAAAAUAAAUCUUUGAAAUAAAUUAUUUUAUUCAAAUUUUUAAAAAUUAGUAUAGCUUGUCGGGAUUAGCUUUUUGUUGAUGAUUCUAUUAUUCAUGUUUUGAAUUUUUUUUAUUACCACUGGUUGAUUUAUAUUUAUAAUAUUUAUAUUAUAUUGAAGCUUUUUAAUUUUAUAAAAAUAAUUAAUAAUGAUAUUUCUAUUAUAUUAUUUUUUAAAAAAAUUUAAUUAGUGUUUUUGUUUAUAUAAAAUAAAAAAUAAUAUCUUCAUCUUAAGCUUGUGUAUGUGUUACUCCCAAGUGAUAGAUGGGAUAGCAGAGUAUAAGAAUUAAAAUAUAAAUACACAAUAUAUUAGAAAAAUAUAAUCAUUUUACUAAAUACGGACAUCCAUCGACCAUCAUAAUCAAACGCGCCUUCAGUCCUUAAUCGAAUAUGGUCAGACUGGAAUUUAAAAAAAAAAAAAAAAAGAAAAAAGAAACUGCUAGACUAUUUUUUCUUGAUUCUGAUAUAUUUCAAAUUUGAUUCAAGAAAUAUUAUUUAAUCUCUCAUAGAAGGCGAGAUCCUGUGAGGGAAUUCAAUUGCGAUCCACGGAGAGAGGAUGAGCUACUUAUUAACGACGCUGACGAAGAAGAAGGAAGUAGACUCCAUUAUCAGAGACACCAUCGACAAGGUCCUUGUCCUCCGCUUUGGCCGAGCCUCUGACGCCGUCUGCCUUCACCUCGAUGACUUGCUGUCUAAAUCUUCACGCGAGGUUUCGAAAUUCGCAACUGUGGCAUUAGUAGACAUAGAUUCAGAGGAUGUUCAAGUUUAUGUCAAGUAUUUCGACAUUGUUUUGAUACCUUCUACUGUGUUUUUCUUCAAUGCCCAUCAUAUGAAAAUGGAUUCUGGGACUGCUGAUCACACUAAAUGGAUUGGGGCCUUCCACACCAAACAGGACUUCAUUGAUGUAGUGGAGGCCAUAUUUAGAGGGGCCAUGAAAGGCAAAUUGAUUGUGAAUUGCCCUCUGCCCCCUGAGCGGAUACCAAAAUAUCAAUUGUUAUUUAAGGACUUGUAAAGGCAGCCUGCUUAGAUCUUAUGUAAUUUCCAGGCAUUAUGAUUUUCUGAUAUCAUUUUAUGAAUGUAUACUAGUUACAGUUUAUAAAAUUUUGUCCUCUCCACUUGUAGAAUACUGCAUUCGUUAAUAUAAAUAAAUGGAUUUCAAAAUUCUCUUUAUCAA